AUGACUAUUCAGCUCACCUUCCUCUCGUCUCUUUUACUACUGUCCUUGAUAUUUGCCGAAGAACACCCCAAAAAGCUACGAUCAUCUUCUCCCCAUGGCCUAUUCUUUGAAAACCCCAUGCCAUUCCCGCCCUCGGCGUAUGACUUCUUCCAUCCAAAUGCCACUGGGGCAAUACCGGCGACUGCACCACUGUCUUCGCUCUACCCUGGUAAGACAUCAUCAAGGGCACGAGCAGAUGCAGCAGUGGCAACGAGCUUCUUCUCAGUCCCUUCCAGCCAUCAUGCGAUAGGGAUAGCGGCUGCUGGCGUUGCUGCUCUGGUAGUUGGACUUGGACUUGUAGUGCUUGUGGUCAUGAUCACUUCCUUUUUCAUUAUCAAGUGCCGUGCCGAAACUAAGAAGACUAAUUCCACCAAUGUUGCAUGA